AUGCUGACCUUUCCUGUCCACCUUCUGUUGAUGGUGGUGUCCCUCCCCAUCGUCAUGAUGAUGCCUGAGACCAUCUCCCCAGAAACCUGGAGCCCCCCCCCAGGCCCAGGACGCCUCUUUAACCAGAGUGGAGACAACCUGACGGAGCUGCCCGCCGGAUCCCCGGAGGCCUUCUGCCAGAUGCUGCUGCAGUCCCCCGACCCGGUGUCCCCAGAGGAUAUCCCUUGGUUCUGUCUCUGCACACACUGCCAGAGCACCCAGGGGCCCAAAGGAGACAGAGGAGACCGGGGUCUUCCAGGUAGUCCAGGUAGUCCUGGAAGACGAGGCUGGACAGGGUUCAGAGGUCCUCCGGGCUUCGUGGGCAGAUCUGGGAUCAAAGGACAAAAAGGAGACGAGGGUGAGAAGGGACAACAUGGACCCCAAGGACUAGUAGGACGCAAAGGGGACCGAGGUUACAAAGGUGACAAAGGUGAUCAAGGUCUGGCGGGUCACCCAGGGGAUCAUGGUCCUAAAGGAGAUGAUGGAGUCUGUCCAGAUACCUGUGAGUCAAGCGAUGGCCCACAAGGACCCCCAGGUCUACCUGGCCCUGCAGGAACCCGAGGUCUGCCUGGUACUCCAGGGGUGCUGGGGUCCAAAGGCAAUAAGGGUGAUGUGGGCAAUCUGGGUCCCCUUGGUGCCCCUGGACUUAUGGGUGAUAAGGGUGAUUUAGGGCCCCCGGGGGAGUGUAACUGUACCGACGGAGAAGAUGGGAGUCCAGGUCAUAAAGGGGAAAUGGGAGACAAGGGGGAAAAAGGAGAUGGGGGGGCUGGGGGGAAAAUUGGGCUGCAGGGGAACCAGGGAGAUCCAGGGCAGAUUGGCAUGAGGGGUCCUCCUGGUCCAUGCAUGCCCAAUAUCCAGUCAGCCUUCUCUGCCGGGCUGGUGUCCAGUUACCCCCCACCCAACACCCCCGUGGUCUUCUCCCACAUUAUCUACAAUGUCUAUGACAAUUACAACCCCUUGACUGGUAUCUUCACCGCCCCCGUUAAUGGCACCUACGUCUUCAGCUACCACCUCACGGUCCACGAACGGGUCCUGAAAGUUGGACUCUUUCAUGAAUUCAGACCGGUUAUUAUAACCACUGACCCCAAAAUGUUAGGGACAACGUCGCACUCAGCCGUGAUUCACCUGGCCGCUUGGGAAAGGGUGUGGCUUCAGGUGAAGGAUGAGGCCACCAAUGGCAUGUUCUCCGGUUCUGAGACCAGCAGCACCUUUUCAGGCUUCUUGCUCCACCCAGAUACAUGUGAACAGGGUUUUCUGAGAGAAUUCAUGCCACCGUCUCAAGUGAAUGAACCAUACCUCUGGAAAGAAAUGUCUGAGACCAGCACCGCCAGUCCCCCCACUACACCUGCUGGUGGAGGAUCCGACUAA